AGUCGGAACCUUUAUUCUCUCGUUCAUGUUUCCGGUCGAGAGAAAUAAACACGGGAUCUGCUUCCUGUACGUUACGUUACACGCGCGUACGCAGCCUCAGCUAAACAACAAUUGAAUAAACCAGAUAUCUUGAAAUUAAUAAAUUACAAUGGAGACGAUUUUAGAGCAGCAGCGGCGCUACCACGAGGAGAAAGAGAGGCUGAUGGACGCCGAAACGAAGGAGAUGCUGACGAAGAAAACCACGCUGAGAGACCAGAUCAACUCCGAUCAUCGCGUGAGGGCUAUGCUGGAUAGAUACAUGGAAGUGAGCGCAAACCUCAGAGACCUGUACGAAGACAAAGACGGUAUGAGGAAGGAUGAGCUGAAUGCAAUAUCGGGACCCAACGAGUUCGCUGAGUUCUACAACCGACUCAAAGUGAUCAAGGAGUUCCACAGAAAACACCCUAACGAGAUCUGUGUGCCCAUGUCAGUGGAGUUUGAAGAGCUCAUGAAAGCCAAAGACAACCCCAGUGAGGAGGCACAAAAUCUGGUGGAGUUCACUGAUGAAGAGGGUUACGGACGCUACCUGGAUCUCCACGACUGCUACCUGAAGUACAUUAACCUCAAAGGAGCGGAGAAACUGGAGUAUGUCACUUAUCUGUCAACAUUCGAUCAGCUCUUUGACAUCUCUAAAGACCGGAAGAACGCAGAGUAUAAGAAGUAUCUGGAGAUGUUGCUGGAGUACCUGCAGGAAUACACGGAUCGGGUCAAGCCUCUGCUGGAUCAGAAUGAGCUCUACGGAAAGAUCUUGGCAGAGUUUGAGAAGAAGUGGGAGAGUGGGAUGUUUCCAGGCUGGCCGGUGGGUUUGUGCUUAAGAGACAACAUUAAUGACGGUGGCUGCAUUUUUUCCAAACAUACCAAUGUAUUACCAUUCAUUGAGGUUAAUAUUUAUCAGUGGCAUAAUAAAAAAGAGCUGGCGUCUCUGGGUCUGGACAGAUUGAAGUCUGCUCUCAUGGCCUUGGGUCUCAAAUGUGGAGGCACACUAGAAGAGAGAGCCCAGCGUCUCUUCAGCACUAAAGGCAAAUCUCUGGAGUCUCUGGACCCCUCACUGUUUGCCAAAAACCCAAAGGCCAAAGGACCAAAGAAAGACUCGGAGCGCAACAAGGAAUCUGCUUUUCUUGAAGCUCAGAUUUAUGAAUAUGUGGAGAUUUUGGGGGAGCAAAGGCAGCUGACCCAUGAGAACGUCCAGAGGAAGCAGGCGCGCACAGGAGAGGAGCGUGACGAGGCGGAUGAAGAGCAGCCCAGCGAGAGUGAGAGUGAAGACGAAGAUAAUGAGAUCAUAUACAACCCCAAAAACCUGCCACUCGGCUGGGACGGAAAG